AUGGCUCUUCCGCAGGUGCAAACAAACAUAACCACACCGAGCAUCCCCAAUGGCCACUGGGUCGACACAUGGACGGCAAUGCCGCAAUUGACGGAGUACACCAAUCUUCCUCCACCUCCAUACAACACCACCACAGAGCAGUUCUACAACAGUACCAUCCGACAGACCCUGCACAUGUCGACAGGCGCAUCUCAAAUCAGGAUCGUCAUCUCCAAUGCUUUCGGUCUGACGGAUCUGCCCAUCACCGCCGUGACAGUUGCCCUUCCGUUCAAUGGCUCUUCUGGCGAGAGUGCUAUCUUGCCCUCGACCCUGCAGACCGUCACAUUCAGUAGCGGUGAGGGCUCAAUCGUGAUUCCGGAUGGCGCAUUGGCUGUCUCAGAUCCGUUGGAUUUUCCAGUGGCGCCGCUGUCGACCAUUACCGUCACCAUGUAUCUUGCCGCCGGCCAGAACGGGACACAUAUCACAAGUCAUCCCGGCAGUCGCGCGACGUCUUGGAUGACGUUGGGGAACCAAGUCACUGCAACCAAUUUGACAGGAUCAGAACUGCAAAGCGUUGCUCAUUGGUACUUCCUAUCUGCAGUACAAGCUUGGUCACCACCACAGAACCGCGCGUUCAGUAUCAUCGGCGACAGCAUCACGGAUGGCAGAGGAAGCGACACGGACCAGAACGAUAGAUGGCCCGACCUCGUCCUUUAUCACCUCCAAUCCAGCGGCGACCCAUCCUUGACUUCUAUCGCCGUCAAUAAUCAAGCUGCUGGAGGCAACCGCAUUCUAGAAGACGGCCUAGGCCCCAGUGUGCUGUCGCGCGUCGAACGCGACGUGCUCUCCCACCCGGGCGUGAGGUACGCCAUGACAUUCGAAGGGGUCAAUGACAUAGGCGACGCGGACCUCAACGUUUCCAAUCUCACGAUCACGUAUAACCGGCUGAUCUCGGCAUACCGGCAGAUUGCGACGCGCAUUCACGCCCAUACUCGAGCCCUGCGCGAACAGAUACGCCAGCAGGUCAACACUUUCAUACGCACCUCCGGCACGUUCGACGCGGUGCUGGAUUUUGACGCUGUGGUGCGCAAUCAGAGUAUGCCCAGUCAGUUGGCUGAUGCACUACAGUCGGGUGAUUAUCUGCAUCCCAAUGAUCAGGGGUAUCAGUUGAUUGCGAAUUCGUUCGACUUGACACUUUUCCAAAAGUUUGCAAAUGGGGUUGGAGGCUUUAUCUAG